AUUCUACUUUUGUGCACACGCCGAGCAACAACUACCCCUCCCGCUGUUCAACCGCGAUAUUUGCUAAUUGUUUUACGCAUUUGUUUAUGCCCAAAGACGAACGGAACGUCAGUGUGACCAUUCGCGAAGCGAGAUUCAUUGUUAUGUUUUUCGUAUAUAACGGCAGUGGCUGAAAUAUCUUAUCGUACAUUACAUAUUGCAUUUAUUCAGCGCAAAAGUAAAUUGUCAUUGUCAAUUAACUGUUUGGCUACACAGUAAAAAUAAGCAUUUUAUUAAGCGCCGCAUCUAAAACUGAGCCAUAAGAGGAAGUGUCGCAUAUUAAUGAUUCCAUUUUGUCUUCUUGGAGAGCAAACUUAAGUAUAUUAACACAUACUUUUUAAGCCUAGAUAGGACCUAACUUUAAGCUCAAACGAAGGCAGACAGCAUGUGGAAUUCCGAACCAACACAUCGCCAGCAGCACCACCAUCAGCACAAUGGCAACUCUACCUCGGGCGGACCGCCCGCCAAGCAGCUGGGCAUGACCUCGGCCAUUAGCCUGGCCGAGCCCCGGCCGGAGGAUCUACAGCGGACGGAUGAGCUGCGCGGCUCUUUGGAGCCGUACAACGUCUUCGAGAGCCAAGACGAGCUGAACCACCGCAUGGAGAUCCUGGCCAAGCUCAACACACUGGUCAAACAGUGGGUCAAAGAGAUCUCCGUGAGCAAGAACAUGCCGGAGUCGGCCGCCGAGAAGCUGGGCGGCAAGAUCUACACAUUCGGCUCGUACCGCUUGGGUGUCCAUCACAAGGGCGCCGAUAUUGACGCCCUCUGUGUUGCUCCUCGCAACAUCGAGCGCACCGACUACUUUCAGAGCUUCUUCGAGGUGCUCAAGAAGCAGCCAGAGGUCACCGAAUGCCGCUCCGUGGAGGAGGCCUUUGUGCCGGUCAUCAAAAUGAACUUUGAUGGCAUUGAAAUCGAUUUGCUGUUUGCGCGUCUGUCUCUUAAAGAGAUACCCGAUGACUUCGAUCUGCGGGAUGAUAAUCUGCUGAGAAAUCUAGACCACCGCUCGGUGCGCAGCCUCAACGGUUGCCGAGUGACGGACGAGAUCCUGGCGUUGGUGCCCAACAUUGAAAACUUUCGCCUGGCCUUGCGCACCAUCAAAUUGUGGGCAAAGAAACACGGAAUCUACUCAAAUUCUUUGGGUUAUUUCGGCGGUGUCACCUGGGCCAUGCUGGUGGCCAGGACCUGUCAGCUGUACCCAAAUGCUGCAGCCGCAACACUGGUGCACAAGUUCUUCUUGGUUUUCUCGCGCUGGAAGUGGCCCAAUCCUGUGCUGCUUAAGCACCCCGACAACGUUAAUCUAAGAUUUCAAGUCUGGGAUCCGCGUGUCAAUGCCUCGGAUCGCUAUCAUUUGAUGCCCAUCAUUACGCCCGCGUAUCCACAACAGAAUUCCACAUUCAAUGUGUCCGAAUCCACCAAGAAGGUCAUAUUGACCGAGUUCAAUCGCGGCAUGAACAUCACGGAUGAGAUCAUGCUCGGUCGCAUUCCGUGGGAGCGUUUGUUCGAGGCGCCCAGCUUCUUCUACAGAUACCGUCACUUUAUUGUGUUGUUAGUCAACUCGCAGACGGCCGACGAUCAUUUAGAGUGGUGCGGUUUGGUGGAGUCAAAGGUGCGUCUACUGAUUGGAAACCUGGAGCGGAAUCCCCACAUUGCUCUGGCCCACGUCAAUCCCAAGUGUUUUGAUUUUAAGAAGGGCCAGAGUGCCAACAACUCGCAGAACAACAGUGGAAAUGAAGACGAUCUGAAGCAGUCGCAAGGUAACCAAUCUGCGGUGACUUCGGCGCCCUUCUGCUCCAUGUGGUUCAUUGGUUUGGAGUUUGAGCGUUCGGAGAACCUCAACGUGGACCUCACCGAGAGCAUACAGAACUUUACGGAGCACGUGAUGAUGCAUGGUGUGAACAUCAAAAUGCUCAAGGAGGGUAUGACCAUUGAUGCCCGCCACGUAAAACGCAAGCAGUUGUCGCUCUACUUAGACUCCGAUUUCCUUAAGCGCGAACGCAAGUCUAUGGAGAGCCACAACAAUUUUAACAACACGCUACUGGCCAACCGGAAGCGGCUUUCCACGGAACUGGCACAAUCGCAAGACCCACUGCCGCCAGGCCAGCAGCCCUCGAGUGGCAAUCGCGGUCGUGAAAGCGGUGCCAAGAUUCACAGACUCAGCGAAUCGCUGACAGAAGAGAACUCCAAUGCCUCCAGCGAUAUGGGGGCAGGAACGCCCACCACGCCAACGGCGGCGCAAAUGAGUGCGCCCAACUUUAAGAGCUCGGGCAAAAAUGGCUCCGAGAUGGACGUAGUCGAGCAGGAGCCGCCGCAGCCGCACAACAACGGCAGCAACAAUGGCAGCACCAACAGCAACACAACCACAACGGAGGUGGCAUGUUCGUGACAACCGCCAACGCUACAUCCGCAUCCGCCGCACCAGCAGCCUCCGCCCCCGCCGCCACAGCCCCCAGCUCACCAUCAUCAUCAUCAGAAGUUCCGAAAGAACAACAAUGCGGCUGCGGCGGCCGCCUCGAACAGCAUUUUCAACCAGCGCUCGAUUCUGCAUGCCGCUUCCAGUUUAACGGCUGCUCUAAGCAUUACCGGGCACAAGCGCAAGCAGACGGCGACAUCAACAACCACGAUCAGCAGCGGCAACAUUGCUCACAGCAAUUACCACCUCAACAGUAGCAACAACAACAACAACAACAAUGGGGCCGGCGGCGGAGGCGGCGGCCACUACAACAAAACAUACUACAUUGAUGAUGAUGAUGAGGACAACAACCAACAACAUUUGACACUUAACAACCAAACACAACAGCAACAAAAAGCGGUUAGAGCAGCAGCCACAUCGACGACCUCGGCAACCUCGGUCCCUGUAGCUGCAAAUGCCGCACCACCGGCACCGACAAUUUCUUGUAAGUUGCCUAAAUGUUUUUCCUCGUCCUCGUACUCUCGUCCAUUUUCUCAAACUUCCUUUGACACGAGACUGUUUCUGUACUCUUAAGUUGCCUAUCUACUUACUAUUACGUAUAUUCUUUAACCAGUAUUUCCGCUAGCGCGGAAGCAAUCUUACAAAAAAACAUACUUUAAUUUACAAAAUUUUUUAAAUCAAAUUUACAAGCCCGAGACUAAGCUCAAUAAACAAUGAUGAAAAUAAACUUUUUAAAAAAGAAAAAAAGACAAAA